UUGGAAUUGGAUGAGUUUGCACCUGCAAGAGUUGGAUAUGGUAGAAUUACUAAAGAGUACUUGGACAAUAUAAAGAAGAAGAAUGUGUGUCCAAAAUUGAGAAGAAGAGAAUGGCUAAGGAGGCUAACAAGGAGAAAGAAGAGUUCACUAGAAAAUCUACAUAAAGACUAUCUUACACAUGAGAGGAUGACAAGGACCAAAGACCAUGUCACUAAGUUGGGAAG